GUCACUGGAACCAGAGAUAAAAGCCUAGCGGAACUCAAAGGUCUUGCUCCCCUCCUGGAGCAGAAGCAAGAUGCAGCCUGCCUUGGGCCUCUGGAUACCCUUACUGCUGCUGCUCCAGGUGCUCCCUGGACAGCCUCAGAGCCUCAAGGAAGAGUCUACUCCCAGUUCAGUGAACUGUGACCAGGACCAGCCAGUGCACGAGCUGGUGAAAAGGGUGCCAGGUUCUGUGGAUGAGGAUGGCCUGUGCCACUGUGUAGUUCACCUGCCCAACAACCUCAUUCCCAUGAAUCAGCUGGAACUGCUACAGAGUAUAACACAGGUGCUCAUGGACAAGUAUGAUCAGGAGCUAUCCAGGGAGCCCCCAACCUACAACUUGCUGUGCCUGGAGCUAGAGGGAGCACGGGAGUUGGUGACCCAGCUUAUGGCCAAGGAAGGACGUACUGAGACUGAGGACCUCCUCUCUCAACUCCAGAGCCAGAUCGCUAAUGCCAGCCUCACACUCAAGUUUCUGGCUGACUCUAACCAGCGCAGCCUCCGUGCUUACCGUCAGGAGGUGGAUAUUCUUGAGGGCCGGCUCAGCGAUUGUGAGAGGGAGAAGUGGCAAGAGGCCUCUGGUCCACCCCUGCCCCCUGGUUCUUGUGCCCACGGAGGCCUCCAGAAAGUCAGCCGACCCCUUGUGGUACAACUCAAUUGGAGAGGCUUCUCCCACAUGGCAGGUGUCUGGGGUCGAGACUCAGCACCCGAUCUAGACUCUUCCCUCUACUGGGUAGCUCCUCUGAGUAAAGAUGGCAGGUACUUUGACUACUACCGGCUGUACAAGUCCUAUGAUGACCUGGUACUGAUGAAGAACUAUGUGGAGAGGGCAAUGGGCUACGGUGAUGGCAGCGGUAAUACCGUGUAUGAGAACUUCAUGUACUUCAAUUACUAUGGCACACGUGACAUUGCCAAGGUGAAUCUCUCCUCCAACACCCUGGUGCUACGACGCCCAUUGCCCAGUGCCACCUACAACAACCGCUUCUCCUAUGCCGGUGUGUCCUGGAAAGACAUAGAUUUUGCUGGUGAUGAGAAGGGGCUGUGGGUUCUCUAUGCCACUGAGGAGAGCAAGGGAAACUUGGUUGUGAGUCGUCUCAAUACCAGCACCUUAGCAGUGGAGAAAACCUGGCGCACCAGCCAGUACAAGCCAGCCAUGUCAGGAGCCUUCAUGGCCUGUGGAGUGCUCUAUGCCUUACGCCCACUGAGCACCCGCCAAGAAGAGAUCUUCUAUGCUUUUGAUACCACCACUGGGCGGGAGCGCCGUCUUAGCAUCCCACUGGAUAAGAUGCUGGAAACACUACAUGGCAUCAAUUACUCCCCCUUGGAUCACAAGCUCUAUGUCUACAAUGAUGGCUACCUGAUCAAUUAUGACCUCAGCUUCCUGGCGCUGAAGCAGAAACAAUCAAAACCACCAGCUUGAAAGCUCUCUUGGCUUCUUCCUGACCACAUCCUGUCACACUCGAGAAAUCUUCUAGGCCUUGAGACCCCUGGGGCAGAGUAUUGGGAGAAUCAUGACCUCCUUCUCAUAACUCCAGAUGAAUCGUCCCCCACAAUGGCCAUCACUCCUACUGACUGAGAAAUGUUGAUUAUAUCUUUAUCAUUGAUAAUUCUGUAGAAUUGAUAACUCAAUCUUCACAUUAAAGUUCCUUUUAGUAAUGGCC